AUGCUGCUUUCCUUCCUUGCCAAGUGCCAUUUCGGCGUUCUGCUGACGGUACUAAUCGGUACCGCUGUAUCGCAGCCAGUCGGUGGUGACGAAUGGACUUUCGGCCAAGUUCCAACUCACGGUCAAGAGGAGUCGAACCUGUUCGGGGCGGACCACGGAUGGCACCCUGAUCAAGCAAGCUUCCCAAACAGUCCCCGGGCGUGGAGUGGUGGCUCGGUAUCACCAGCUGCAAUCAACUCUCGAUGGGACGGUGCCCAAGCCGCAGGCUCUUCCCAAGCCCCGACUGUGGAGAGCCACGCGCCUGCAGCUGAGCAAUUCUACCCACACAUUUUGGAAUCGCAGGAUUCUCAGCUACACCACGCCUUGGCGCCAAGCUCGGCAGCUCACCCGAUCGAUUGGUUUUCCGACAAUGCUCACCUCGCCUUCGGUGUCCGACUCAAGAGGAUGCUGGCGGCCAGGGCAACUUUCGGCGGCGACAGACGACAGUGGGAGACGUGGUCGGAGCACAUGCGAAGAGCAAUGGGAAGUCGGGAACUGCAGAUCUCUCCUGUGAACGUCGGAGACUACGGUUAUGACCGCGUCUUCAUAGCUCAGGACGGGCAUGCCGUAUCUGGAUUUUAUCCUCCUUUGACGCAGGCUCUCCCUCGCUGGCCUCCAAAUCAGCAUCUCCUGGGAGAUAUCAUCCCUGGCAAGCUCGAGGGUGAGAAAGAGGUGGUCAGCUCUCACGAACGCGUAUAUGUCUACCUCAACAGCCGAGAAAACAUGGACUACAUCAACAGGGAAUACUUCCUAGGUCAUGCCCAGUUCCUUCCCAUCCUGCCGGAAAAGCUGAGCAGAAAGCACAUCAACAAGGUCUUUGCGGUGCGUCGAAAUACGGUCCUGCUUCCACCGCGGACUCCGCAUGGGCUCCCUCUGCUGGUAAUUCGUCACACGGGCGUUCAAGGUGUUUCCGAGGGAUUGGAGGCGAUCACUGGCGUCAGUGCAAACACGCAGCGGAUGUCGCUUUGGUCUCCCGUCCUGUACGACGGAAAGAGAUACACGACAGUGCUGUAUGGAGUGGUCGUCAUGGACCCUCAACACAACGAAGAGGUACUUGCACAUCUUUGGAGGCAGAACGAGUUAAGGGAUGCCAGCACCUACGCCGCCUUAUAUGCUCUCGGAGAUGUGGCACACCAUUUUCACUGA